ACUAUGAAAAUAGAAAUAUGAGAUCUGGACGAAGUCAUUUUUCAACGCACUUUUCUGGAGCUCAUGUCACGAUUUCAAAGUACGUUUUCGAAUUUGAACAUGAGUGUGGGCAUCACGUUGGAUGAAGUUUCAAGCGAAUAGGUGCGCGGGGUGGGGGGUCAGGUGAGAGCCGUAAAGCGGAUCACGUGACCGGGCCACUUUAUAACGGCAGCAGGUGAAGACCCGCACUCGUACUCGCAGCAAGUCAGGUGAGCGCACCCCCCAGCCAACAUGUACGUGAGCUACCUGCAACUGGACAAGGACCCCCCCAUGUACCACCAGAACCCCGUCGGCAGACACCCGGGCCUCGGCCUAGGCCCGCAGAACUUUCCGGUGCCCGGCGCGGCCCAGUACUCGGACUUCUCGGGAUACCCCCACACCCACCCCCACCACCACAUCCACCACCACCACCACCAGGGCCUCGGCGCGGAACACCACCCGGUCCAGCAGAGCGCGCCGGGCGGCGGGGUCGGGGGCGCCUGGAGCCCGGCUUACCCGGCCGCUCCCCUCCCUCCCCCGCCGCCUCCGCACCCGGUUCAGCCCGCCCGGGAGGACUCGUGGGCCGCGCACCACUACGCGGCGGCGGCCGCCGCCGUCAUCGCCGGGCCCUCGGCCAAUGCCGUGGCCGGCGCCGGGGGGCCCAACAUCGGCUUCAGUCCGACGGAGUUCCCCGGCCAGCCUCCGCCGCCCCCGCCGCCGCCGCUUCUGGCCCCCGGGCAAGGCUCGGCCGGCUCCCCGCAGAGGAGGAGCGCCUACGAGUGGAUUCGACGCGCUUCCACGCCGCUCGCCAACCCCAACGGGAAGACGCGCACGAAGGACAAGUACCGGGUGGUCUACACCGACCACCAGCGCCUGGAGCUGGAGAAGGAGUUCCACUACAGCAAGUACAUCACCAUCCGCAGGAAGGCGGAGCUCGCCAGCGCCCUCAGCCUGUCGGAGCGGCAGGUGAGGGGACCGUUCCAGUCCAAAGAGCCGCCAGCAGAAGUGAGUACACCCGUAAGUCUAACUGUCCAAACUGGGCCUCCAGGUGAAGAUCUGGUUCCAGAACCGCCGCGCCAAAGAACGCAAGCUCAGCAAGAAGAAGCAGCAGCAGCCCGCUUCGUCCUCGUCCGGCAGCGUCGCCAUGGUGACCAGCAGCAGCAGUGGCCUGGUGUCGCCGUCGUCGCUCUCCAUCAGCAUCAAAGAAGAGUUUUAAACCCGCCUCCCUGGUGGUUUUUCUUCUUCUGGUCGCCAUCUGGCCUCUCCGCCAGCUCCAUGGAACUUCCUGGAGAGCGACAAGGACAACCCGGGGGGAACAAUGACCGUGAACCAGGGAGACGGCGUGACGUCGAAACAAAACGAUAGUUAGUUACAUUAGACUGUGGCGCAGGAGUUUAGCAACAUUAGCCUGCUGAUUACCUCCUGGUGCUGAACUAGCAAAUGGCGACGUUAGGAUGUUGAUGCCGUGAAACUGUUAGCUUACCGCGCAAAGGUUUUGAACGACGGCAACUGGACUGUUUGUGUUCGUUGAAGACGUUUCCCCUUGAAUCCAAAAGGCAUCUUCAGUUCGAAUCUUCUGAUGCGGACUUGGGCCCCGCGAUUGUGUUCCCUCAAGGUGGCCAACAAUCGGGUGUUGCUGUUGUUGACCGGCGUGGUUACGAAAAAACCCGUCCUGUGGACCAAGGCAGCACUCACUCUUCUUGUGGCAAAACAGUUCAUUGGCACCACUUUUCGAUAUUGGGACCUUCCUUACGGAAGACGAUCGGGAAUGUCUCACAACUCCUCUAUUUCGAGACGCCUUUUCUUAGACCUCUUUCAAUCCGGCGGUUCCCCACGAUUCGGACGUUGUUGUCCCGGAAGGAACGGUCCUUCAUCUUGAGACAGAAAUGAACCACUGAUUGUGGACACAAAAAGGCCUCCCGCCAAUCCUGUGCAGGGGUUGCUUCGUCUCCCCAACAUCGAGAACUUUUACACUCCUCACUGCACUGCACUGCACUCGAGUAAAUUUCCAAAGAGAAGGACCAGCUCCAGAAAAAGGUCAGGCCUCUCUGAGCCUUUGUUUAGUUUAACGUGAGCUGGUGGGGGCAGGUCCAGUUCAGAGAGGUAAGGUGGGGCUGAACCAUUGAAGGAUUAAGAACAGAUAAACCAAAAUCUUACGAGUGAAUCUAAAACGCACAGAAGUGACGCGAUACGUUCCCCCCUACGAGCUCCAUUUAGGAGGCAAGCGGCGGCAUUUUGAGGGAGGAAUGGCUGACGAGACAAGAUCCAGACCAGAUGUAACGCAGGCAUGGAUUACGGUUUCAAAGCGGUCUUUGCAUAAAGAGACCUUACUUUAGCCAUCGGCUCAAUAUUUUUUUAAAAAGCUGAACUUGAGGAUCCAAUUUAAGAUCCAACUUCGAGACUGUUGGCUUGUGAUAGUAGUCAAGGAAUCCAAGUCAAGAAAGGCCCACUGGAACCAAAGUUCCAAGACUUCAGUUUUGAAUUCUAAAAAUGUCAGCAAGUCUUCAAGGUACUCAACACGUCCUCUUUCUUUAGUGGAACAUAAAACUGAAUCUGACGGUCAGCCACAUAGAAAUUAAAAGAAAUCCCAUGCAUAGUUUCUCAGCAAAUUAAAAAAAAAAAAAAAACAGCAAUGGUGCUAAAAUGGAACUCUGUGGAACUCCAUAAGUGUGCGACUCCGAGCAACCUAGUCUUCUACCAUACAUAGACAAUGUUGCCUCAUUUUCUUCUAUGGAUUUUGUCCUUGGGGUGGACCAGUUUUUGUCCGAGGGUGUUAUCAGGUUGAAAAUUCAUUGGGGUGAUAUGAUGAGAAAGACACCUCUCGGAUUCAAAGUGAAACGUCUCCAACCUACAAGAAGAGUCCAGUUGCCAGGAUUUGAAAUACAGUCUCAGAUUACCAAGACCUGCAUGAAUGACAAUCCACAGAGACACACUGAAGUACAAGACCAGGAACUAGUCUACUAGCUACCUUAAUAGGGUCAUGACAAAUUGAUGUUCUACUAGCUACAUUAGCAUGUUGACGCCGUCCAACUGUGAGGGUGUGAGUUAGCUUCUUUAGCAGUCAGAUGCUAUUCAACAAGUCUGUUAGCUACGCUAACAUGCUGAUAACAUUCGGAUGCUGUGCUAGCAAUCAGUGACAUUAGCAUGCUGAUGCCACUCAAUGUCGGGAUUAGCUAUUAGCAACAUUAGCAUUUAGAAGUCCAAUAUCCUUUGAGAUGAUUGUGUGUUAUUUAAAAGCUCCCGCCGCCAGCCAGCAUCUUUUGUUUUGUUUGUCUUUUCAUUUUUCGUCGACGCUUCUCGAUCGGAACCCCCCUCCGCCCCCCGGCAGGCGAGAGAGGCCGGGAUCAAUCGAGGGACGCUCGUCUCAUAAAUCAUUUUGAUUUUCUUCCAUCGUUCUUUCUCAUACUUUCUUCCCGACUUAUUUUUCAAUCGGCAACCAGACCACAUGACCUCACGCGCGCACACUCGCACUGAUAGCAAGAAACUUCGUUGUGUUUGCUCUUUGAACGCCACACCUCAACAAGUGUGCGUGCAAGACCUUUGUCCUUUGCUGUAUUUCCCAUCGCCACAUCUUAAACUUUGCUUUUGUGUCCACUGACAGAGAUGAGUGCCCAUCCUGACAUUCUUCUUCACUGGUUUUAAAUCUGCCUCCCGUUUGCGUGCGCGUCUAGCAGAGCCGCGCCGCCAUCUUGACCUGCGGCCUCGUCAGCGGGUUUUAAAGGGCAAAGUAGCGGCGGCGCCAGGUUUCGCUCAGCGCUUGCCGUGGGCGGCAUUUGGAUGUACCCCCACCCCCCUAAACGCGCUACCGAGGUGGGCGGAGC